CAAUCUGUCUCUAGCUCUCUCAAGUCACCACUCUCAAAAUGGCUUAUUACCCUCUUAAGUUCCUGCUUUUCGUUGCAAUCUUGGCAACUAGCUUAGAUUAUUUCAAUUUCAGUUCUGCGCGUCCAUUAAGCUCGAGCUCAAACCUUAUGGCUAGACUGAAACUAGAUGAAGAAUCGCCAAAUUGCUGGGACUCUUUAAUACAACUUCAAGCUUGCAGCGGAGAGAUUGUUAUGUUCUUUCUCAAUGGUGAAACUUAUUUAGGCCAUAGUUGUUGCCAUGCUAUUCGUAUAAUUAGCGAACAAUGUUGGCCUAACUUGGUUGAUACAAUCGGGUUUACUGAUGAAGAAGGUGACAUACUGGAAGGAUACUGCAUUAAAGAAGAAGCUGGGAAUUCUGAUACAUUAUUAACUCCUCCUCCACCGCCGCAUGUGGUGCCUAAUAAGGUUGUUCCUUGAGUAGAGUUUGUCUUUGUAAUAAGUUG